AUGGAAGAACCACAGAAGAAAAGAAAAUCCAGAUGGGGGGACUUAGAAAACACAGCAGAUAGUCUUAACGAGACGAGCAGGACGGUCGAAGUGAAUAAGUCAGCUGAACCGAUUAGAACCAAUGAUGUGAAUGCGCUGUUAAACAGAGCGGGUAACAUUUUAGGAGACUUCAGUGUGAGUGCAGCGUCCAAGUUGAGCACUGGCACCCCUGGACUAGUGAACCCGCCUAUAGGGUUGACCGCCGGCGCUACGAGUUUACCAACUCAGUUCCCACUCACAGCGCAGAGUUUCCCGGCACUCUGUUCCACCAUGCAUUUAAACAUAUUAAAAGCGACAGAGACAGCCAAAUUAGCAAUAGAAAGGGCAAAAAGAGCUGGCAAGCUUAAGGAGGACAUGAAACAAAACCUUAGGAAAGUAGACUUCGUACCGAAACCUUUAAAAUUUGAUGAACAAGGCAGAGAAAUAGAUGAUGAAGGAAAUGUGAUCAACAUAAAACCGAUUACGUUUUCUACACUCAAAGUGAAUAUUAACAAGUUGGAAGAAAAUAACCUUUUAAAAAAAAAAAACGAAAUAGGAAAUAAAAAUGUGGAAGAGUAUCUAAAUGAUGAUAAUAGAUGGUUUGAUUCUAGAAUAAAAAAUGUUCAAAAAAAAAAAAAAAAAAAUGCCUUUAAUUUUAUUACACCAGGUUCUUUUAUGAAGCUAGCCAAUUCGAGGAACUAUAAUACAAAAGCGCAGAUGAAUUUUGAUUUGAAAAAAUUUAUGCAAGAUAAAAAGAAUGUGCAGUCGUUGCAAGAAAUGUCUUUAAACUUUUUAAACAGUGAUUUAAAUGAUAACGUCAAUCCAAACUUAAUAGAUAUUAAUAACAAAGGUGUUAACAAAAGGAACGAAUGGAAGGAGGAUGAAAAAUAUGACGUGAUGGAAAAAUGGGAUUUGGUUUUAUUCAAAAAGGUUGAAAAUAAAGAAAACUUGCAUGAGUACAUUUCGGAGCAAAUGGCUAGCUGGAAGGAGAAGCUCCAAAUGGAUGGCGAUACACAUAAUGGAAAUCGUCAUGUAGACGCAGAGGACGGUGCUGCAGGGGAGUCCAGCAAAAGUGAUAACAAUGACCCAGAUGCUUGCAGCAGCAGCAUCUACCUUGAAGUGAACAAAAUGAUACAGAAGCACAGCGAGAAUAUUCUCCUGCUACAAACUAACGAAAUCAUAAUUAAUGACGAGCUGUAUAAAAUAAACGUUAAGAAAAUAACAAAUUAUGUGGAGCAUCCAAUUUCGCUAAAUGAAGAUAAGAAAGAAGAGAAGACCGCUCCACACAUGUUUUUAACCCCCGUGGAAAGAAAAAAGCUCAGGAAGAGAAAAAGACAAGAAAAGGAAAGAGAAAAACAAGACAAAAUUCGAAUCGGAUUAAUGCCCCCACCGCCACCUAAGAUGAAACUAUCAAAUCUGAUGAGGGUGCUUGGAGACAGUGCAGUUUCGCAGCCCUCCAGAAUAGAACUAGAAGUGAGGCAACAAAUGAAAGAAAGAGAACUACGACAUUUUAAACAAAAUCAGGAAAGAAAAUUAAAUCCUGAAGAAAAAAGUAAGAAGAAAAUGAAAAAAUGGAAAUGUGAUCCAAAUCAAGAAAAUGAAGUCCUCGUUAUUUAUAUAUCAAAUUUGUCUAAUAAAAAACACAUAUUUAAAAUUGACAUAAAUGCACAGCAGCUACAUUUGACUGGUGUGUGUGUUAUGACUGUUCUUUACAAUUUCAUUAUUGUGGAGGGGAAACACAUUGCCGUUGAGAGGUAUAAGAGGUUAAUUUUUAGGCGCAUCAAAUGGAAUGAAGAUGAAUACAAUGAGGAUGAGGAAGGGGACGAUGACGAGGAUGAGGAUGAAGAUGAAAAUGAAGAAGGAGAAUCAGGAGCCAUGAAUCACGAUCAUAACAGUAGCAACCUUAAGGACAAAGCAGAUCAAGGUAAAAUGAAAUCCAAUUUUGAUACACAGUCAGAUUUUCCUAAUGAUGGUGCAAAUAUUAAUCUAAACCAGGGCUGUACUUGUAGCCUCAUUUGGAGUGGCACAGUGAAAAAAAAAAAUUUCCUCAACUGGAAAAUGAUAAUUGCCAAGACGGAAGUGGAGGUAACAGAUUACCUGCAGAAGCAUGACGCGUUGCACUACUACCACAUAGUCAAGAAGCACAGGAAUGUGUCCGAUGAUGUGUAA